UUGCCACACAGCUCUCAGUACGGUUGAAGACAGCAGUGCACGCUAACUGUUUGCAAGAACCGAACCGAGAAUGGCAUCAAUGGGACUCCAGAUUCUGGGCAUAGCCCUAUGUGUGAUCGGGUGGCUGGGAGCCAUCAUAACCUGCGUCCUUCCCAUGUGGAGAGUGACCGCUUUCAUUGGGAACAACAUCGUGGUGGCGCAGAUAAUUUGGGAAGGUCUUUGGAUGAACUGCAUUGUUCAGAGCACCGGGCAGAUGCAGUGUAAAGUGUACGACUCACUUUUGGCGCUCUCUCAAGACCUCCAGGCUUCCAGAGCUUUGACCGUCAUUGCCAUUGUGGUAGGAAUUCUGGGCAUCCUCACCUCCAUCGUAGGAGGAAAAUGCACCAACUGCAUAGAAAACGAGGCAACAAAGGCCAAGGUCACAAUUGUAUCAGGAAUUGUCUUCAUCUUGGCUGGGGUGCUGACCCUGAUCCCAGUGUCCUGGUCAGCGAACACCAUCAUCAAGGAUUUCUACAACCCGCUGGUCACCGACGCCCAGAGGAGAGAACUUGGCGCCUCCUUAAUGGCAUCAAUGGGACUGCAGAUUCUGGGCAUAGCCCUGUGUGUGUUCGGGUGGCUGGGCGCCCUUCUCACCUGCGUCCUUCCCAUGUGGAGAGUGACCGCUUUCAUUGGGAACAACAUCGUGGUGGCGCAGAUAAUUUGGGAAGGUCUUUGGAUGAACUGCAUUGUUCAGAGCACCGGGCAGAUGCAGUGUAAAGUGUACGACUCACUUUUGGCGCUCUCUCAAGACCUCCAGGCUUCCAGAGCUUUAACAGUUAUCUCCCUUGUGGUGGGAGUCAUCGGUAUCCUUGUCUCCAUCAUGGGAGGAAAAUGCACCAACUGCAUAGAAAACGAGGCAACAAAGGCCAAGGUCACAAUUAUAGCGGGAAUUGUCUUCAUCUUGUCUGGGGUGCUGACCCUGAUCCCAGUGUCCUGGUCAGCGAACACCAUCAUCAAGGAUUUCUACAACCCGCUGGUCACCGACGCCCAGAGGAGAGAACUUGGCGCCUCCUUGUACAUCGGAUGGGGCACAUCGGGUCUGCUGAUCCUCGGAGGAGCUCUGCUCUGCUGCUCCUGCCCCCCGAAAGAAGACAAUGCCUACACCGCAAAGUAUUCAGCACCUAGGUCUGUUGCUACGAGCAAGAACUAUGUGUAACUUGGAAAGAAAUAGAUACGAACCAGAUUCUUGAGAUAAAAUCACAUUAAAUUUGUGCAUUUUAUACACUUUCCUCGUUGAGGAACUAAGCCAAUUUGCUCUAAAGUGUUUAAGUAAUUAGCUGUAUUAUUUUAACCUAGCAACUACUGUAAAACUAUGCGUUUGGAUUGUCGAUUAACGUGAUCAGUAAGGGGGUGAAUUUGAAUCUGCAUCUGCACGCAACGUAACUUCAGGUGCAGCGAAUUUAAAUCUGACGAGAAUCUGAUAAUAAAGGAAUUCGUUAAAGGAAGGUUUUGAUGGAGAUGCGAUUUUGUAAAAGAACCAAUGCUUAGUAGUGAUGAUGUAUAAUAAAAAUGCAUUACCAGUUAGUAAGAAAACCUCCCUUGUGAAGUCGUAUUUGAUAAGUAAUUAGUACCUGUCGACAGGGGAGUAUGGAGUAAAUGGAAAUAACCCGCCGCCAUUUCACAUAGUGGGAAGGUGGAACUUGUAAAAUGGGUCUCUUUGCUACACCAGCAGUUCAGCCCUUUGGAAGUGUGUUAAUACUAUUUUAUAUUUACUUUGCAACCAUGUGAUUUGAAGUUAUAACUUUUAAAAUCUUUUAUUAUUUUCUUAUUGCUACAUGUUAAGGAUUGUAUUAACCUUUUCCCAUGACUUUUGAGCAUUUUCUUGAAGGCUUUAGGGAACUUAGUAAAAUUGUUAAUCACAAGGGGUGAAAUAAAAUCCAUAUUACAUUCA